CUUCCUUACCGGAAGAAGGAGGCCUUGUUCAUCGGCUUGGCAGAGCGUGGCGAAUUCGUGCCCCGGCGGCUGUGGCACGCAAGGGUCCUUCGCCCUGCGGGUGGCAGGAUUACGGAUAGUGCAGCAGUAAAGUCCAAUUCUUCCAGGGAACAAGCAUUUCGUAAGAGUGUUCAAGAGAUUCCACCAACUUUGUUUAAAAAGGUCAAGUUUCUUUAAGCACUGAAAAGGAAGGAAGGAAACAAAGUGUGGCUUUGGAAAAAACAGCACCAGGGAUAGCUCACUGGCCUCCAGCUCUCCUUUGACAGCCCAGGUAGCACAGCUGAGAUGAAUGGUGGGAAGUGGAGGAAGACCAGGAGUGGGAGUGGCUUCAGGCACUACAUUUUCUAGUAAUGGCAACCUACACUUGCAUCACUUGCCGCGUGGCUUUCAAGGAUGCCGAUAUUCAGCGUGCCCAUUACAAAACUGACUGGCAUAGAUACAACCUGAAGCGUAAGGUCGCUGACAUGCCUCCUGUCACAGCUGAGAACUUCCAAGAGAGAGUCCUAGCACAGAGAGCAGUGGCAGAGGAGCAGAACAAAAUCACUGCCACUUACUGCACAGUUUGCAGCAAGAGAUUCUCCACCUUCAAUGCCUAUGAGAAUCACUUGAAGUCCAGGAAGCACUUAGAGUUGGAGAAGAAAGCUGUCCAAGCUGUCAGCAAGAAAGUGAAAAUACUAAAUGAAAAGAACCUGGAAAAGGGGCUGGCUCCAGAGAGUGUAAACAAAGAUGAAAUGAAUGCAGCUAUUCAGCAAGCCAUCAGAGCUCAGCCGUCUUCCUCUCCAAAGAAGAUGCCUUUGCCUCCUAGUGAUGCAAGUAGCUCUCCUGUUUCUAUGGGAAGUGCCAGCUUAUCACAGAAUAGAGAACGAUCAGAAAAACCUCCACGGCUACAGUGGUUUGAACAGCAAGCGAAGAAGCUGGCCAAACAACAAGCAGAGGAAGAAGAGGAUAUGGAAGAAGACUGGGAAGAUAUGGAUUCUGAUGAAGAGAUUGGCUCUGAAGAAGAGAUGGAAAGUGUGGGAGAAGAAGAGGAGAGGCAGGCAGAAGCUGAAAGCACUCCUGCUGCUGGGGCCAUACCAGUCACAGACUGCUUAUUCUGUCCCCACCAUUCCAGAUCUCUCACAAAAAACGUGGCACAUAUGACAAAAGCUCACAGUUUCUUCAUUCCAGAUAUAGAGUACCUUGUGGAUCUCAGAGGACUAAUCAAGUACCUGGGAGAGAAAGUUGGCAUUGGGAAAAUCUGCAUCUGGUGCAAUGAAAAAGGGAAAUCCUUCUACUCUACAGAAGCAGUACAGGCUCACAUGAAUGAUAAAAGCCACUGCAAACUCUUCACAGAUGGAGAUGCUGCCCUGGAGUUUGCAGACUUCUAUGAUUUUAGGAGCAGUUACCCUGAUCACAAGGAUGGGGAAGAUGUGGAGGUGCCUGGAGAGUGCCCAACAGAGAGAGAGUUGGACUAUGAUGAUGACACUAUGGAGCUGAUCCUUCCUUCAGGUGCAAGAGUGGGUCAUCGUUCUUUAAUGAGAUACUACAAGCAACGAUUUGGUCUGUCAAGAACAGUGGCUGUAGCAAACAACAAGAAAACAGUGGGUCGAGUGUUGCAGCAGUACAGAGCUUUGGGCUGGACAAGUCAGAUAGGGGCAUCCUAUGCUCAGCAGCGUGAUAUGCAGUACCUGCAGAGGAUGAAGUCAAAGUGGUUGCUCAAGACAGGAAUGAGUAACAAUGCUACAAAGCAGAUGCAUUUCCGGGUGCAGGUCAGAUUCUGAGUUCCUAAGAGACCUGCAUGCAACUGUUUUCUGGAAAGAAGGAUUUAAUGGCUUUUGGCUCAAGGAUUCUGUUAAAAUGGACUCGGUACUUAUCAAUGGGAUGUGUACGCUGGUGUGCCUUCCUGUUUAUGGGAAGAAGAGCAGAGAGCUUGUCUCUUCCGGUGAGAUGAAGAUUGGCUUAAGUUAGAAAAUAAAAUAUCUUAAAUGGGAUAUGUGGCAAAGUAGUCCCAGCUGUUAA